ACUUAUUUCCGCAAAGUAAUGCAAAUGGAGAUGGGAUGGUUUGACUGCAACUCGGUUGGCGAACUGAACACCAGAUUAUCUGAUGAUAUCAACAAGCUCAAUCACGCCAUCGCCGACCAAGUGUCUAUCUUCAUUGAGAGGAUCUCCACAUUUGUGUUUGGCUUCAUGGUGGGCUUCAUCGGCGGCUGGAAGCUGACAUUGGUUGUCAUUGCCGUGAGCCCCCUGAUUGGAGUAGCUGCUGGACUGAUGGCGAUGGCUGUGGCAAAGCUAACAGGACGAGAGCUGAAGGCCUAUGCCAAGGCGGGAGCAGUGGCAGACGAAGUGUUGUCAGCCAUCAGAACAGUGGCAGCCUUUGGUGGCGAGGAGAAGGAGACUGAAAGGUACGACCAAAACCUUGUGGAAGCUCAGAACUGGGGAGUCAAAAAAGGUGCCAUCAUCGGAGUCUUCCAAGGAUAUCUGUGGUGCAUCAUUUUCUUGUGUUACGCUUUGGCUUUUUGGUACGGAUCAAAGCUGGUUAUCGACACCCAGGAGCUCUCACCUGGGACUCUUAUUCAGGUGUUUUUUGGCGUACUUAUAGCAGCCAUGAAUCUGGGCCAGGCCUCACCUUGCUUAGAGGCCUUUGCUUCAGGCCGGGCAGCUGCAAAGACCAUCUUUGAAACUAUCGACAGGGAACCCCAAAUCAACUGUUUUUCAGAUGAUGGCCAUAUAUUAGACAGAGUGAAAGGUGAUAUCGAGUUCCAUAACGUCUCAUUCUACUACCCAUCUCGACCUGAGGUCCAGAUUUUAAAUGAUCUAAGCAUGCAGGUGAAGGCAAGUGAAACCACUGCUUUUGUUGGUGCGAGCGGCUCAGGAAAAAGCACGGCAGUCCAACUCAUCCAAAGGUUUUAUGACCCAAAACACGGAAUGGUGACUUUGGAUGGUCAUGACAUCCGAAGCUUAAACAUGAAGUGGCUUCGGUCUCUUAUUGGCAUAGUAGAACAAGAGCCGGUGCUGUUUGCAACAACAAUUGCAGAAAACAUCCGCUUCGGGAAACCUGGAGUGACCAUGGAGGAAAUAAUCCAGGCAACCAAGGAGGCUAAUGCCUAUAAUUUUAUAAUGGAUCUUCCACAGAAAUUUGACACUCUGGUGGGCGAAGGUGGCGGUCAGAUGAGUGGUGGACAGAAGCAGAGGAUUGCUAUUGCUCGAGCGCUGGUCCGCAACCCCAAGAUCCUGCUCCUGGAUAUGGCCACAUCGGCCUUGGAUAACGAAAGUGAAGCUGUUGUGCAGAUGGCUUUGGACAAGGUGCGUGUGGGCAGGACCACAAUUUCCAUAGCCCACCGACUUUCGACGAUCAGGAAAGCUGAUGUGAUCAUUGGAUUUGAACGUGGCCAAGCUGUGGAGAAAGGAACCCACAGCCAGCUCCUGGAAAAGAAAGGAGUCUACUUUACUCUGGUCACCCUGCAGAACCAAGGUGUAUCAAACACAGCCCCAGUGACCGUCAGCGGCAAUACGGAGGAAAACUUUGACUUAAAAGCAAGGCACUUCAGCCAAAGCAGCAGAGGCUCCAACAAAAGGAGCUCGAUUCGACUGCGAUCUCAGAGCAACUUGUCCAAUGAUUACGGCCCUGACACCGUGUCCAACAGUCUCAGGAUCUUGUCUGACCAGAUCAUGCCAGACAGUGCAGACUUUGAGGAAGAUGAAGACGAACAUCUGGAGACGGCCCCAGUUGCACGGAUUCUCAAGUACAACAAGUCUGAGUGGCCCUACAUGCUGCUGGGCUCUCUGGGAGCUGCAGUCAACGGCUCUGUUAACCCUAUCUAUGCUGUCUUGUUCAGCCAAAUUCUCGGGACCUUUGCCCUCGGCGACGCGAGGGAGCAGAGGGAGCAGAUCGAUGGGAUAUGCCUUCUUUUUUGCAUCGUGGCAGUGACCAGUUUCUUCUCGCAGUUUUUACAGGGAUUUGCUUUUGCAAAGUCCGGAGAGCUGCUGACGCGGCGCUUAAGGAAAUUAGGCUUCCAGGCCAUGCUGAGACAAGAGAUUGGCUGGUUUGAUGACCCCCGAAACAGCCCUGGAGCUCUGACCACUAGACUGGCCACUGAUGCCUCCAUGGUCCAGGGGGCCACAGGAUCUCAGAUCGGCAUGAUCGUCAACUCCCUGACCAACAUCGGAGCCUCUUUUAUCAUCGCCCUCUACUUCAGUUGGAAGCUGACUUUGGUCAUUAUGUGCUUCUUGCCUCUCAUCGGGCUGUCUGGACUCUUCCAAGCCAAAAUGUUGACAGGUUUCGCAAGUGAAGACAAGAAAGCCAUGGAGGCUGCAGGCCAGGUGUCCGGUGAAGCUCUCGCCAACAUCAGAACCAUUGCCGGCUUGGCCAAAGAGAGCUCCUUUGUGGAUUCUUACGAGCACAAACUUGAGUCUCCUUAUCAAUCUGCCAAGAAGAAAGCCAACAUCUACGGCCUCUUUUUUGGUUUGUCCCAGUGCGUCAUCUUCAUGGCCUACGCCGCUUCUUUCCGAUAUGGAGGCUACCUGGUUAGCUCUGAGGGGCUGCCAUACGUGAUCGUUUUCAGGGUGAUAUCAGCUGUGGUCAUCAGUGGGACGGCGCUGGGAAGAGCUUCAUCUUUCACUCCAGAUUACGCCAAAGCCAAGACCGCCGCUGCUCAGUUCUUCAAACUUUUGGAUCGGACACCCAAAAUCAGCAUAAGCUGCACAGAUGGAGAGAAAUGGGAGGACUUCAAGGGUGAGAUCCAGUUUGCCAACUGCACGUUCAGCUACCCGACACGUGCGGACGUGUGCGUGCUGAAGGGUCUGCAGGUCUCGGUCCAGCCCGGCCAGACCUUGGCCUUUGUGGGCAGCAGCGGCUGUGGGAAAAGCACCAGUGUUCAACUGCUGGAGAGGUUCUACGACCCGGAUGAAGGGCGAGUGGUGCGUGCAUUCUUGCCAAUGUUUAUGUGGGCAAGUGAGCCACGCCAGCGUUCUUCUGCUUUGUUUGCAGCUGAUCGAUGGCCGAGGGUCUGGCUCCGUCAACGUGGCCUUCCUGAGAUCUCAGAUGGGCUUGGUGUCCCAGGAGCCCGUCUUGUUCGACUGCAGCAUCGCACACAACAUUCAGUACGGGGACAACAGGCGUCACGUCGGCAUGGAGGAGACGGUUGAGGCGGCCAAGAAAGCUUACCUUCAUGACUUUGUGAUGACCCUGCCGGACAAAUAUGAGACCCAGGUGGGUGCACAAGGCUCCCAGCUGUCCAGAGGACAAAAACAGCGUAUCGCCAUCGCCAGGGCCAUCAUUAGGAACCCCAAGAUCCUGCUUCUUGAUGAAGCCACUUCUGCUCUGGAUACAGAG